AUGGGCACUGUUAUUGACUCUCAUUUCUUAGCCCUCACUGCCAUACUCACCAUUGUUUAUCAGCUUCUGUUUUUCAUCGUCACUGCACUUCUCAAAUUCGAUAAGGUCACUGAUUUUGCAGGAAGUACCAAUUUUGUUAUAGUCGCUGUAUUGACCUUAGUUCUCAAAGGUUCAUGGCAUUUUCGACAGAUAAUCCUCACUGUCUUUGUUGUAUUAUGGGGUCUUCGCCUUGCUUUUUUUCUCUUACUCAGGAUUUUGCAGUGGGGAGAGGAUCGCCGGUUUGAUGAAAUGCGGAAUAAUUUGGGGAAGUUGGCAGUGUUUUGGAUAUUUCAGGCUGUUUGGGUUUGGGCUGUGAGUUUACCUGUUACGGUGGUGAAUGCAAGCGAUAGAAAUCCUUUUUUAAAGGCUGUGGAUUUGAUUGGGUGGCUUAUGUGGGCGGUGGGUUUUAUGGUUGAAGCUACGGCGGAUCAACAAAAAUUGACUUUCAAGAAGUCUGCAGAAAAUAGAGGGAAGUGGUGCAAUGUUGGACUCUGGAAAUAUACUCGUCAUCCUAACUAUUUUGGCGAGAUAUUGCUUUGGUGGGGAAUUUUUGUGGCAUCUACACCUAUACUGAAGAAAGCUGAAUGGCUGGUAAUCAUUGGACCAAUCUUUCUCACAUUGUUGCUUCUUUUCAUCAGUGGCAUUCCACUGCUCGAGGAAUCAGCAGAUAAGAAGUUUGGCGAAGUGGAUGAAUAUAGGUUAUACAAACAAAGAACGAGCCCUUUAAUCCCAAUUCCACCAGGAGUCUAUGGAAAGUUACCUGCAUGGUUCAAGUCAACUUUUCUCUUGGAAUUUCCACUGUACAGUCGGAAUUUUCCCACAGAACAAAUUUGGUGUAGAACAAGCAGUGGGGAAAGCAGCGAUUCCUUGAAAAUCGAGUAG